AUCUCAGUUGAUGCCUAUUUUUUUUACCUGAGAUGGUAUUCCAUAUUUAAACAGAUUAUAACGUUACUUCAAAGAACUUCCUACACCAACAACUUCACUCGUUUUUACCAGAGUUGGUGUUCGGGGAAGGAUUUGUCACCUGUGAUUUGAUAAUUCCUUCACUCGACCACUGCCGGGGACAUCGCUUCAUAUUGUCAAGAUGGGCAAUUGGCAAUCAAACUACACUUGCUCUCAGGGUCAUCAACAUGGUUCUAAGGCGGAAUUAAAGGAGUGCAAUGAUCGUAACAGUUAUUUUAAAUGUGCAUAUGGACAUGACCACCGUUCACGCGAGGAAGUAACCGCAUGCCAUGAUCAUAACAGUUAUUUUAGAUGUGCAUAUGGACAUAACCACCGUGGACGCGAUGACGUAAACGCAUGCCAUCAUCAUAAAGAAGAAAUGGCUAAGAUUGAGGCACGUACUAAAGAAGAAAUGGCUAAGACUAAGGCACGUGCUAAAGAAGAAAUGGCUAAGACUGAGGCGAAUGCCAUACAUAUGCUUAAUGAAACAAAGGAGAAGAGUAAAUUAUGAUGUACCUGUUAUUCCAUAUACCAACAGGUACAACUGUCUGAAGGCUGUACGGGGAUCCAGGCGAUGAGUGAAAACAGACAAAAGACAUAUAAUCAUAUGAAUGACUGAUUAAGUAAUGAGUAUACAACCUAUUCAAGUGCAUUUGUAAAAUGUAAAACACACCAAUAUUCAUAUAAUUUGGUCAAAAAUAUAAAGCUUGACGCGUUUUUUUUUUUUUUAUCUAUAAUCAUCAUUGCUUACAAUUAUUACCACAAAAGUUUGCUAUGAAAUAAAUAUAUCUUAUCUUAA